UGGCCAUGAUGACAGCGUUCUAAAACAACAACUCAACCUCUCCCCGUUUUUCAUCUGGACGUUCAGUACAGCGCCAUUUCCAUUCAAUUGAACGCAAGUCCUGUUGUUCACACGCAUAUCUGCUCUCUCGUUGGCUCGAAUGGUCCCACCUGAUCUAGCCUUCUCCCACCUGACAUAUUUGAAGACAUGUAAUUCCAUUGUUAGAGCGGUCACUCGAUUAUCUUGACAAUAUAUUAAAACGUCUUUGAGCGAAUUUUUGCAUAAUAUUUUACGUAAAACAGCGAGCGUGAUUGCGUCAGCGUGUUUGUUGUAAAAGCAUGAGGCGCAUACUCGGUUGCAAUACGUUGAAGAAUAUCAGGGAAGUAGGUAAAUACUUUAAUCCCCAGGUUUCUUUGAUAGCUUGCUGUCGAGCCUUAUUUUAUCAGUCACUUUGCACGAAAUCUACCAGUGAUUCUACAGACAUGGAUCUCAGUGACAUGCGAAAAAAAUACAAAGGAGACGAAGAGUGCUUUGAAGAGAAUCAUCUUGUUUCUCUGGACCCCAUCAAGCAGUUUGGAGAUUGGUUUGAUCAAGCCACAAAGUGUCCUGAAAUCGGAGAGCCCAAUGCAAUGUGCAUCGCCACAUCCACCAGAGAUGGACGUCCAUCUGCUCGAAUGGUCUUGUUAAAAGGCUACAGUGAAGAAGGCUUCCGGUUCUUUACCAACUACGAGAGCCGGAAAGGUGGUGAGCUGGAGAGCAACCCUUAUGCAUGUCUGUGCUUUUACUGGGAGCCUAUCAACAGGCAGGUCCGUAUCGAGGGCAACGUGGAGAGAAUCCCCUACCAGAGCUCCUGUGACUACUUCCACUCCCGGCCCAAGAGUAGCCAGAUCGGGGCCGUUGUGAGCAGACAAAGCACUGCAGUCCCUGACAGAAAUUACCUGAGACAGAAAAAUGCAGAGCUGAAGGAAAAGUACAAGGACACAGAUGUCCCCAUGCCCGACUACUGGGGAGGCUAUAUCGUCAAGCCUUACUUGAUAGAGUUCUGGCAGGGUCAGACCAACAGGCUACAUGACCGCAUCGUCUUCACGAGGCUGAAAAAUGGAGAGAGUGUUCUAGAAGAGUAUGAACAUAAUGCUGAGGCAGGCUGGGUCUACCAGAGGCUAUCCCCAUGAGGUCGGUUACAUUAGGGGAAAUGGACUAAAGGCGAGGCUGGAGAUUGGGCCUAGAGUACAACUCACUCAUGAUAUCAUCGUCAACCAAAUGACAUGAGUGAUGAACCAAAUGAUGUUGAAUAACUACGUGCUAUAUAUGUGUGUCUUUAAAAAAGCUAAUUAUGGCUUGUUUUCUCCAAUUGUUCUUGUUUAAUAACAAAGGAGUGAUUAUAUUUAUAUAUAUAUAUAUUCCCCUCUGGAUUGUUAGGAGGCCUGAUUGCCUGUUGUCUCCAGGACAACAAUGGGAAAUGAUCAACGUGAUGUGACUAUACGGUCUAGCAUGUAACCUGUGACGCAAGGCUUCACGAAUCUCAAUAUGCUGUAUGGCGUACUUUACAUUCCUUGAUGCUUGAUGUGCAAAGUCUGUCUCGUACAGUAGUCAAUGUUAGAUAAUUAUUGACAGUUAACCGGUUAUCCAAUGAAAAUGCAUUUCCUCGACCUCCACAACCCCGGAAACUCUGUACUUAUAAAAAGUGCAAUCUUCUGUACUGUCUAUCUGUUAUUUAACAUUUGUACCAGAGUUCCACUGUAUUGGAUGACAUGUUCUGUCUAACAGCUAAUAUGUCUUCUGAAGGCCCAAAUCCACAGCAGUUUCUCUGUCAUGUAAUACAGAUAGCUUAUUAGGCUGUAGUCCCUGUAUUGAAUUUGUUAUGGAUUGAUUGUCAUGUCUGUGGCUCAAACUGCCUUUUUAAUAUAGGUCAAUUAAGAUUAGAAGAGUUGUCACAAGUUCAGUUGUGCCAAGGUAAUUCAGUGUAUAAAGUCAGUCAUGUCUGAGAAUGAGCUUGGUUGUUAACACACUUGAUUUUCUUGGUGUGUGACGACCUCUGCGUUCGCGACAGUUGAAAUGGCACAUCCGACUUGUGAUCGACUGAAUGGAUGUGAAAAUGUUUUAAUCUGCAAGUGAGUACUCCGUGCUUUUUCUGGCCAAAAGGUGUCGGUGUUAGUGGUUAAGGGCGCUGUACUGCAGCGCCAGCUGUGCCAUCAGAGACUCUGGGUUCGCGCCCAGGCUCUGUCGUAACCGGCCGCGACCAGGAGGUCCGUGGGGCGACGCACAAUUGGCCUAGCGUCACCCCGGGUUAGGGAGGGGUUGGCCGGUAGGGAUAUCCUUGUCUCAUCGCGCACCAGCGACUCCUGUGGCGGGCCGGGUGCAGUGCGCGCUAACCAAGGUUGCCAGGUGCACGGUGUUUCCUCUGACACAUUGGUGCGGCUGGCUUCCGGGUUGGAUGCGCGCUGUGUUAAGAAGCAGUGCGGCUUGGUUGGGUUGUGUAUCGGAGGACGCAUGACUUUCAACCUUCGUCUCUCCCGAGCCCGUACGGGAGUUGUAGCGACAAGACAAGAUAGUAGCUACUAAAAACAAUUGAAUACCACACAAUUGGGGAGAAAACGGUAAAAUAAAAAAAAGCUACAUUUGACCUACCACUAAGUAUGUUGCCAUACACCUUGACUGACAUUUUGAUGUUUUUCAAUCAACUUUAUUUCAUGCAGAUCUUUUUAGCGUGUCAGAUGACACAGAACUGUAUAUAAAUAAAAUAAUCACUGGAUCACAUUA